CGAACAUUGCCGAAGCACCUUUAGCUUUCUGCGUCAGUUUAAAUAGUGUGCGGUGUUUGUUUGAGCACUUGCUAAUAUCUGAAACAAGCCUGAAGUGUUUAUUUUUUUCCCAAGGAGGGCAGAAAUGACGCGACUGGGGAUGCUUUGUAUUAUCGGAGUACUGCUCAUAAGUCAGUGCACCGCCGUCAUAAGAGUUCCCCUUCAUAAAACCAGAAGCCUGCGUCGCCUCUUGAGCGACAAUGGGAUGUCUCUGGAUGACCUUCUGACUUUGGCGAAGAGUGGCGGAGCAGACAGCUCUCCCUCCCCAUCCCCCAACCUCCCCGUGGAGAGACUGACCAACUUCAUGGAUGCCCAGUACUAUGGGGUGAUCAGCAUUGGCACCCCACCACAGGACUUCAGUGUGCUGUUUGACACUGGUUCCUCCAACCUGUGGGUUCCUUCCAUUCACUGCUACCUUUUUGAUGUGGCCUGCUGGGUUCAUCACCGUUACAACUCAAAGAAGUCGAGCACAUAUGUUAAGAACGGCACAGAGUUUUCUAUCCGAUAUGGCAGAGGCAGCCUGUCUGGCUUCAUCAGUGAGGACACUGUCUCUGUUGCUGGCCUUUCUGUCCCUGGUCAGCAGUUUGGAGAAGCAGUGAAGCAGCCUGGCAUCACAUUUGCCGUGGCACGGUUUGAUGGGAUUCUUGGGAUGGCAUACCCCUCAAUCUCGGUGGCUAGUGUCACCCCCGUGUUUGACACAGCCAUGGCUGCUAAGCUGCUGCCUCAGAACAUCUUCUCUGUCUUCAUAAGCAGGGACCCAACAGCAGCAGUAGGAGGAGAGCUGAUCCUGGGUGGGACAGACCCACAGUACUACACUGGAGACCUGCACUAUGUUAAUGUGACACGGAAGGCCUACUGGCAGAUAGGAAUGGACAGGGUUGAUGUUGGCAACCAGCUGACUCUUUGCAAGGCCGGUUGCCAGGCUAUUGUUGACACGGGAACGUCCCUAAUUGUUGGUCCCUCGGAGGAAAUCAGAGCACUGCACAAAGCCAUCGGAGCUCUGCCCCUGCUGGUGGGAGAGUACUUGAUUAACUGCAAGAAGAUUCCCACUCUUCCUGUCGUCUCGUUCAACAUCGGAGGGAAAGUGUUUAACUUGACUGGGGAGGAUUAUGUUGUAAAGGAGACUCAGCUGGGCGCACCCAUCUGUCUGUCAGGCUUCAUGGCCAUGGAUAUCCCUCCUCCUGCCGGGCCCCUCUGGAUCCUGGGUGAUGUGUUCAUUGGGAAAUACUACACUGUGUUUGACAGGAAUGCUGAUCGAGUGGGGUUUGCUGCUGCAAAAUAGAUAAAUGAAGAUGAGAUGAAACGUGUUGCAAUACUCUUCUAAAACCGUUUAGACCUGAAGGUUGUUGAUCUCAUAGUUUCAUUAUUUCACUUUGCAGCAAUCAAGAUAAUUUAUAUCACCCAAAGACCUUUUACCAAGUCAGUAUGAAUAACCACCAAAACCAGCAGUGAUGUUCUGCCACUGAUGAACUUUUUUUUUUUUUGCACUGUAUGAAGCUGCUUUAGACUUCCCAGCUUUAAUAUUCAAUAUCUGAUGCGAGACUUCAGCUAUGUAUAAAUGUUUGUGCUCUUUGUAUAAUUUGGAGAUAAGUUGAAUAUUUCACUUCUUAGUAAGAGUUCAGUCAUUUGAGGUGUUUUUUCUACACAGAAGUGAAAUCAGGAUGUCUCAUGUAACAUGCUUGUGUGAAUUUAUUACAAAAUGUGAUGGAAUAAAACUUAACAA